GGCCCUGCUGGCAGAGGCGCCUCGGCGAGGUGGCGGGCUGCGUGCGCGAGCGGGGCGGCCGCCUCCCGGCCCGGAGAUCGGGGAGGCCGUUUGGGCUGGGUGCUCCGACUCCGAGGGCACGGUUCGUGGCCAGGGCCGCGGAGCUGAGCUUCGGGAACUUUGGGGGGAGUAUCUGGAGGCCCGGCCGGGCCAAGGCGCUGGGGGUCUUGAGCAGACCCGGGAGAAGAGUAUUAUUGCUGGAGUCCGUGGGUAGGGCACUGGUGGCAGGCCACAGUGGGCGAGGACAGGCACUGCCAGGGCUGGCAUGAGUGGAGGGGGACAAGGAGGGCUGGAGUUUGAGUCGGAGCCUAAUUCGAGAGGUCCGUGGCAGUGGGUGGGUUGAUGAGUCAUGAGAUUUGGAGAUCAGAGGAGCCUUUCCUAGCGACGAGUUCUGAGUGUGGGAGAUAAAAAGGGCCAGGAUUUGGAGGUGGCUUGGAGGCCACGUCUUUGGACAGCAGGUGUUGGAAUGGCCACCAAUACCCAUGUGAGGGACUUUGGGAACGACGUCUCAAAUUGCUGUUGAUUCAGAAGCUUUGGCUGGGGGUGACGUAAAGGAAGGUCUUUGUGGUGGCCAGUCCCUGCCUUCCUUCCUUUCCAGGCCUUCAGGAUUCAGCUGUGUUCCUGUGGGGAGCGGGUUAAGAAUUCCUCUGGCCUACAGUCAGCCUUACAGCACCCACUGGGGUAGGAGGGACAAACAUGCGUGACUGCAGCAGCCUUGUCUGUGUGGAGCCCGCGCGCUUCCUCACCGUUACCAUAGAAACAGCCUAUUGAUGGUGUAUUUAUAGGGGAAGAAGCAGGCGCUACAUUUUGGGGAGGAGGCCUCAGAGCAGCAGCAGCAGUGAUGGAUGGUGGCCACGAAAUUGCUCAUUGGAGGAGUUCCUGGCUUGUUUGAAGCUUAAAAAUGAAUGGAUGACUUUUGCAGGUGCCAGGAUAGUGCACGUGGGGCUGUGACAUGUGUGGAUGUGCACACACCAGAGUCGGGUGUGUCGGGGACAAGAGGUGGCUAUAUGUAAGCUGCUGUAUAAUUUUAACACAAAACAAUGAAAAACAGCCACAACACAACAUACAUUAUGAGGAAGGCCUUUACUCAUUCUUUUCAAACCCUGACACAGCAGCUCCAUUUUUCUUCAAUCUAAAACCUUGCUGUUAGGCAUGCCACACCCACAGCCUCAUCACUGGACUGGCAUGGGCUCUAGGGGAACCUCAGAUAUUCAUAAUGGAAGCAGAAAUUACUAUUCAUUGUUACUCUUAAAAGCCUUGAGGGUCAACUUUUCUCACAGUGGCUGGCCCAUCUGUUGACAGACUCACUUGUUGAUAGUUUUGGGUGCGAUUAUUGUGUUGUUCAAAAGAGUAAAGCCUCCUUGACAUGAUGUUCCCAUGGAUGAAUGGUAGAUUUGCUGUUUUUCCUUUAGCUUUAAUUUUACUUAUGAUUUAUAUCCUGUUUGCCACAAAGAUUCGAUGGUGUAUUUUAAAUAUACAUAACACUCUGAAAACAUAAACAGAGAAAGGUAUACCACAUCGCAGGGGAGAAGCAUAUGUGCUUUACAGCUGGACUUCCAGGGCGCCUGUGCUUGAUGGUCAAUGUUAAUGCUGACUUCCCUGGUGGCCUAGACAAAAACAGUGGCACAGUGGGUUACACCGUUCACAUGUCCUAAACCAGAGGCUCUGCCUGGGGAGGGGAGCAGCAGAGGGAUUGUUCCCAGAUGUGGACAGCGUGGCCAAGUGCUCUGAAACAUGCCCACAAGUGGGAUUGUGUGCUGGGCCGAGGAGUGUGCUGUGGUUAUGGUUUCUGUAUUGGCUGGGCCAUCCCUGAGCAGAAGCAAGGCUUGCAGACAAUAGCUUGUUUGGAACACUUGUGUCUAGUUAGGGUCUUGGUUUUCAUCCUGCCAACCAAUGUCUUUGUACUCUGUGGCGCUGUGCUUAAUGCAAAGAGAAGAGAUAUGACUGCUUUCAGAAGACCUUUGCCACCCUGUCUGGUGAAGAUAAACAUACCAGGUCACUUGAGUUUGGGCCAUGGCUUUUGAGAUGAUGGUCACAGACAUUAUAAGCUUUGUCAAUGCCUACUUCUUAAACAUGUGCUGCCUGUUUUCAAGAAAUGUGCUUGUCAUUAGAGGUACAUGGGACUUGCCAUCUCAAGCAAAAUCAGGUCCAACAACAGACCCCGUCUCUGUCACUGUUGCUUUGCUUGACCUGGCCUAAGGCCCCAUCUCUCAAGUCCUUCCAACACAGAAGUGCAAAGACUCAUUGACAGGAAGCGGGGAAGGGGCAACUGAGACACUGGAUCUGAGAGAGCAUGAUGGCAGUGUUUCUAGAGGCCAAGAACGCCAAUUCAGUCCUGAAACGAUUCCCUCGUGCCAAUGAGUUCCUGGAGGAGCUGCGCCAGGGUGCCAUCGAGCGGGAGUGCAUGGAGGAGAUCUGCAGCUAUGAGGAGGUCAAGGAGGUGUUUGAGGACAAGGAGAAGACGAUGGAGUUCUGGAAGGGGUACCCGAACGCAGUCUACUCAGUCCGAGACCCUGUGCAAAGCUCAGAUGCCAUGUACGUGGUUGUGCCCCUUCUGGGGGUCGCGUUGCUGAUUGUCAUUGCCUUGUUCAUCAUCUGGAGGUGCCAGCUGCAGAAAGCCACCCGUCAUCACCCGUCAUAUGCUCAGAACCGGUACCUAGCCAGUCGCACUGGGCACAGCCUCCCCCGGGUCAUGGUGUACCGGGGCACUGUGCAUAGCCAGGGGGAGUCCUCUGGGCACCGUGAGGCAGGGAGCAAUGCACAGGUGGUGCUGGGGCCCAGUCGGGGGGGCAGAACUACGGUCCGCCUCGAGAGCACCCUCUACCUCCCUGAGCUCUCUCUCUCCAGACUGUCCAGUGCCACGCCUCCGCCAUCCUAUGAGGAGGUGACUGCACCCCAGGAGAGCAGCAGUGAGGAGUUGAGUGUCUCUUACAGUGACCCACCUCCAAAAUAUGAGGAAAUAGUGGCCGCCAACCCUGGCUCCAACAAGUAGUGGGACUCGUGUCCUGUCCGGUGUGAAAGCCUCUUUCAGGGGUCUCCUAUGUUCUUUUUAACUUUUUUAAGACUUUGCCACCACAAAGCAGCCUUAGCCUCCUUGUUGCCAAAUACUUUCCUAACCGUGCAUUCAUAAGAAGUGAGUUGUUAGAGACAGGUGGAGGGGGGAAGAGAACACACAUGUGUCCAGGCCUCUGUGGGGAGCCACAGGCCGCAGAGCCCAGCUCUUCCAGAAGCCUCCAAGCCGCCCACCAUCCUGUCCUCCUGUCAGGAGCCGGCUUCUCUUACGCCAAAGGAGUCACCCCAUUGAGUUGAUUGUGGCCAGUGCAUUCAUAGGCUCAGGACCCAGGGCCGUGCAGCUGGCUGGAGACCUGUCUUGGGUCUGGAGGCCUAGGCCAUGGAGAGGAGGGAGAGAAGCCAGCCCUUGAGCACCCUUGCUUCUCAACAGUCCUGUGCUGCUGUCCUGGUCUACAUUUUGAGGACAGGAGCAAGGACUCAGCAGAAAACAAAAAGAAUUAACAAUAAAUAAAUGGCAAACACAUUAAAACACUAUAACCUGGGCCAUUGGUGGGAGGGCAGGGGGAAUCAGUCACACAGAUCUAUGACACACCCAUCCACCAACACCCAUCCCCCACACUCCUGACCAGGUCAAAGGACAGCCCAGAGCAACCUGGAAGGGGGACAGCGUGUGUGGGGCGGGGGGCUGGGGCUGGCUGGCCGGGCUGCCUCCUCUAGAUUGGGAAGGGGCCGUCAGGAACUUGCCAUCUAGGAGGGCGGCUCUGGCUGUGCUUGGCCCCCCUAGACCUUGGCUGUCCAGACACAUGUGCUGGCCGUGCUGAAACUGCUACCGGCUGGCAGGUGCCCAGUAAUAGGCCCACGAAAGCCAACGCUUCUGAGCCAGCCUCCAAAUGUUUGCGGUUUGGGGUACAGGCUGGGUCAGAGAACUGCAGUUUUCUCUUUGUGAAGUUGAUCGGCUCUGAGGAUAAUUAAACCCUCAGUCUUGGCCUCCGCAGCUCUGUGCUCCCUGGCUUCGAACUUCUAGGAUACUUCCGUUUUUGUGAGUGGUUGCGUUGACUUGAACUUGAACUUCAGAUGUUGAUUUUACCUUAAUGAUGGUGCUCACCUGGGGAGAAGAUUCCACAGUGUCCCUGUUAGAAAUUGUUUUGCGGAAGAGACAGUGAAGCCGAUGACCUGGGGCUGAAGGCCCACCUGGGAUUUGCUGUGUUGUUGCCAGGUGCCAGCCCAUUUUAGAAACCCCUUUCUGCAGCCCAGGAGCUGUCCACCUCUCCAUGUCAAUGAGGUUUCACAGCAGUGGGGCAGAGGGGACCUGCCCUUUAAGUGUCAGACACCAGGCAAAAGACACUGUGGAGGCUGACUCCCCCAAUCCCUCUGCCUCCCUCCUCCUGGCCUCGGUGCCAAACCACUUGUCCUCUGUGGUGCUUUAAAAAAUGUAGCAAAUAUUGGUGAGGCCCCAAAGCGUGCACAGCCAGGGUCUAUUGGCAACCACAGCAGUUUCAACGCCACUGAGAAGACAAGCUUCUUUCUAUCUGAACAGCUCUCCAUGGCGGGCAUCAGGCUGCCUCCUUAGCGUGCAGCCCUGCCUUGCGGCCCCAGAUGACUUCUGGAGGACCCUGCAGCCCUGGGGACUUGUCCCAGGACAUGCUUCAUGUCCCACCGAGACCACCAGCUUGGGCAGCGUGGCCCUGUAGUUGGGCUUUUCCAUCCUUCCCCCUACCUCACAGGCCUGUGGGAGGCUGACUCAGCUAAUGCCUGUGCGCUUUGCCCUUAGGAAGAUUCUUCUAGAAAUGGGUCGGUUAUAGGGGACCAGUCUUAGCAGAGGCCUUCGUAUGACUCUGAUGUUGAGUCUCCACCUGGGUAGUCAGUCUCCUGCCAGCUGACCCCUUCUGUCCUCACCCUAGCCCUGGGAGCUCCCCAAUGCCAGAGGUGCUGGCCAGGCGGCAUUCCACCUUCCCUUCAUUUCCUCCCUCUGGGCCACUAGCACCGCGCUCCUGCCCUUCCUCACAAAGGCAUGUGGGGCCUAGAAGGCCGCUCCUUUUUCCAUGAUGGCAGCUGGAGUCACUCCUACUCGGCCACGCUGGAGGACCUGGGGCAGCCUGAAGCUCUGGGCCAGCCCCUGCUCUCCCAGCAUUUCCUCAAGCAGGUACCUGCAUGGGACCUGGGAGCAUGGGAGAAGAUGCCUGUCCCUGUGUGUCUCCUCCCCACCGAGCAGAGCCGAAGGGAGCAUGCGGAGGAAUGCCUGCUGCCUUUGGCAUCUGUUGAGCCGUUCCCUGCCGAGCCACCAGGGAGCUGGCAGCCAGGUGGGGAUGGGAGAGAGCGGGAAGCCAGAGCCCGGCCUGGUGGAGGGCAGCACGUGUCCCUAAAGCCCUGUGUGCUCUGCUUCAGUCGCCUUGCGGGGCUCUUCUAGGUACAGGUGCCACCAUGGCCUCUGGGAUAUUUUUUGCAGCAUAUUGUAGAAGAAAGACUGCCACACACAGUGGUCAUGACUCCUUGUGGUGCACGUUUGGCUUUUAUGAAUGCUCUGUACAUAUCUUUUCAAACUGUCUUCGUAUGGAUGUUGUUUUGAUACAGUGCUAAAUCUGCAGUAGCCACAUCUUUGUUCAUGGACUUGUGCGUAUGUGUGUGUGUGCAUAUACAUGUGUGCACGUUGCCUUUUCUCACAUGCUUAUCUGAAACAAUAGCCAGUGUGUGGCUAUAUUUGUACCAGGAGGGUUCCGGUCUGUAGGGGGGAAUGUCGCCUCCGGGGGCUGGGCAGCCUGGCGACAGGGCCCUGGGCAAGAAAAGCUGAGAGCAGCUGCGGGAGCCUCUGCCCCCCUUCGGAAAAGGCUUUGGAAGAAGCUGAGGCAGCUCCAUCUGGUGGGCCCCUGCCCUGGGGACCUUCGGGCGCGGUGCCCCCUGCCUGGGCCCCAGCUCCUGUUCUCUGGGCAUCAGCAGCUGAAGGAAAUCUGAGCACUCCUGAGCAUUUUUAUUUUUAUUUAAAAAAUUUUUUUUGGUGGAAAGAUGUGUGACUAUUAACUUUGGGAAUGGCGGGGCUAGUUGUUGAGAUAUUUUUCAUUUAAAAAAGGAAAAGGCUUUAAAAGAUUCCUUGAAAUUUGACUGUCACUUGUUUUCAACCAAAAACUCUUUAAGAUACAAGAAUGGCAAUCCUGCCCCUCCCCUGCUGCUCCCCCUCACUGGGGGAUUUCAAGAGAACACAGCCGGCAGGCUGACCUAAGGCCAGGGGCCUCCCCCUCCACUGGCCAUUAGUGUGAGUUCCUCAGGGUGCCCAACUGUUUGGAUGGUGGCUUUUUGGUAACCAACUGUGAGGGAUUCGGGACAGGAACGUGUCUUUGUGUUAAGGAGUUGGAGCCAGAUGGUUCUUCUCUGGCUCAGGGGUUGAUCUUUUGACAACCAAAUGGCAUAUCCUAUGAGAAGAAAAAAAAACAACACUGCCUCUAGAUUGAUUGUUCUUUUGUCUGGGAGAGAGAGCAUGAGUGAGAUCAUUGAGAGAGACUCCCUUCCCUACUCUCUGGCUUUCUGGGAGCCGGCCUGUGCUCUGUGUCUCCUGUGCUCUCACGUUCAAGGCUGAGAUGGGAGAGCUGGACAGCAAGGCUGCUGGCCUAGGCUGCUCUUCAGCUUGACAAGUAAUGAAGCUCCAUGUCAGGAUCAUGCUGAUUCAGAAACAAGUGCAUUCUUGCCACUGAACUCUAGUCACACUAAUCAGUAUAAUUAGCUAAUUAAAAAGUACUGUAAUCAGGCUGCCUGCAACUAUGGUAAAAGCCCAUUAAUUUGAAGCGCACUAAUUCAGAACUUAGGGAAAAUCACGACCUCACAGAAUUCAUGGUAUCUGCAAUUCUUGCUCCAUAGAAAUAUUUGAAAUUCUCUCCCCUGUAGUCUAUUUCCAGGUCCAUAUGUGUAAGAUGGAUCUUGUUUGAAAUGAGUACUUUUUUCAAAUGAAGGCUCAAGAUACUAAGGAUCCCUUCACUGUGCCUUCAGCUUUGGGGUUCAGCGAUUCUCAUACGCAAGCCUCUUGCCACGCAGGAUGUUGGGUAUUGCAGCUUUGCAUCCGACUCCUUUAUUUACCCUGUGAAUAACAUAGUUUGUGAGUUAGACUGCAAUUUAAAAUAAUGUAACUGUGUAUCUUGCUAAAUAUUCUGUCAAACAGAUGUUUCACUGUCAGACUGGCUGCUCCCAUUGUUCACUCCCAAAUAUUCAAAUGCAGGGAGUGUUUCCAUUCACAGGCUGUGGGUGGUGAGUCUCUCUCCAGCAAGAAUUUCUCUGACAAAGGUAUGCAAGUGGCACGCCUUGUGGGGUCAGUGCCGCAGCAGUUUUUCACCUGCCAUAGCCCACUCCCACCCCCAGCCCGAGCAUCAGCUACAGCUUUCGCCUCUCAGUCUCUCUCCCUUUAUGGGUGCCACUUUCACAGGCUUGAAACACCUGCUGUUUCACUCUGUGAUCAUGAAUUUGUGAUGGUGGAAACUCUGAUACGUGCAACUGAGCUUAUAGACAUGAUUACUGUGAAAUGGAUUCAUUUUGGUACCAGUUUGAACUGUGCUCGUAUUCAUGUGUUGCCCCAUGUCAGCUGGGAAAUCCGUACCUUCAGUAAUAUGUCAGGAUUUCGCUGGACCUUGGGGGCAACAAACUUGCUUCUGAUUUCUCUCUAUAAUUGUUGAGUUUGGCUGUUAAAUUUCAUCUCUUUCUGUACAAGAAGAUAAUGAAUAAUAAUAAAGAGCAAA